ACCCCACAAGUCAGGACCCUGGCCACGAAGAAGGCUAAAGCUAAAGGGAAAGGUCAGGUCCGUGUGAACAUCAACACCUCUUUGGUGGAAGAUAUCAUCAACCUAGAAGAAGUAAAUGAAGAAAUGAACUCAGUGGUCAAAACCCUGCAGGAAAAUUUCAACAAAACCUUGAGCAUCAGAACCAACCCAGGGGCUCUCGAUUCUAUCACGGUUACCACCAAAGACGGGAAAUUUCCAUUAAACCAGCUUGCACAAAUCUCCCAACACUCUGCGCAGCUCCUUGUAGUCAACAUGAGCAGCUUCCCAGAAAGCACAGCUGCGGCCGUCAAGGCAAUCCAACAGAGCGGGAUGAAUCUCAACCCGGAAGCGGAUGGGCUCUUGAUUCGCGUGCCAGUCCCGAAAAUCACCCGUGAACACAGGGAGAACUUGGUCACGGUCGCCAAGCAGCUCACCCACAAGGCCAAGGAGUCUCUGCGCAGAGUGCGCACUGGGGCCGUCAACCAGACCAAGAAAGCCAAAAGCACCACGUCGGAAGACACCAUCCGACUGAUAGAGAAGCAGAUUCAGCAAAUGACAGAAGAUGCCACGGCCGAAAUGGAGAAGCUCUUGGCAGCAAAGACGAAGGAGCUCCUUGCCUAGGGUCUCUCAGAGGUCGCCACGAGCUCCUUUCUUCUGGUUAAACGGUCAGGGAGCCCCACUGGUGUCUCCACCGCGGUGCUUUGUCACCUGCUGGAACCAGAAUUGAGGAAGGAGGCUUAGCCUUGAGGUGGGCUGGGAAAAGAGAAUUUGGUUCCUCUGGCAACUGGUAUCUCAGCUCCGUUGCCGAAAGCACAGCAUGGACCAGAAGCCAUUUUGGGAAAAAGAAGGGUCACAAACCAUUAUCGAUGAAAUGGCCUGCUGUGCCCUUGGUGCCUGGCUUUGGGGGAGCAGAGGGUGCUGGUGCCCUCAUAAAUCUGCCAGGAAUCUCGUAUAUCAAAUAAAGCAAGUCUGAAUGA